CAUUGUCCCACUUUGUGAUUCCUUCCACUCUGCCUCCUCUCCGAAGACCUGUUCUUUCCAUCUUCACCAUUAAACCACGGCAAGUGUCACAUUUUGCCUCAUCUUUAUAUAGCAUAUUGUUAAUCCUGUCAAUGGAUAUAUAACCCCAGUUUGUUCUUCUUCGUUUCACUCUGCCUCCACUCCAAAAUCCUUCCUGUUUUUUUUCUUCUUGUCUUCCUUCCUCCAAGAUAAUGUUCUUAAAGUAGUUGGUUUUGAUUUCCUCGAUUCUUCCCUUGUGCAACGAAAAGGUCUCAUCUUUCCUCGAUUCCGAGCCACAGAAAUUCGAAUCUGCAAGAAAGAAAGCAGAAAUGAUCGAUUUCGAUAAAAGAUCGAAGCCAAAAUCCUUCUCCCAAUAGUCUUUGUCGCCAAAGCUCUCGGUGGUUCUCGGAAUGGAAGCAAUUGAUCGGAUUACAAGAAGAAUAGCGACAAAAGAAUCCAUUUUUGGUGCGCAAGUAGAGGGUGAAGCGAGGAGUCUCCGUUGCCCGAGAUUCCGGUUUUGGUUCUGCCCCCCAAACCGCCCUCCGGUAGAUGGGUUCUGUUCCUGUUAGGGACGUGAGGGAUUUUGAAGGGUUCUCUGGUGGUUUUGGGUCGGGAUUCGGGCCUACUUUAGCAUCGUCGUCUUCGUUGGAGUUGGAUAGCGAUGGUAGGGAGUUUGUGAAGGUGUCGAGGUUAGGGAAGAUGAAAGGGGGAGUUGGGGUCUCGGAUGCGAAGGGAGUGAUGGCGCUGAAAAGCCAUUGCGAGGCGGAAAGGCGCCGGAGGGAGAGAAUUAAUAGGCAUCUGGCCACGCUCAGGAGCAUGGUCCCAUCCACCGAGAAGUUGGACAAAGCUGCACUGCUUGCUGAAGUGAUCAAUCACGUGAAGGAACUCAAGAUGAAUGCUGUUGAAAUCAGCAAAUGUUACUCCAUUCCCUCGGAUAUCGAUGAAGUAAGGGUCGAAGUUGAAGAUGUAAUGAAGGAUGGCAACUUUCUAGUCAAGGCAUCACUAUGUUGUGAGGAUCGACCAGAGCUUUUUGCAGAUCUGAGACUUACGCUCCAGAGUCUACAGCUGAAGACGGUUACGGCUGAGAUUUCGACUUUGGGUGGUCGAAUAAAAAAUGUACUUGUGAUGACAUCUGACAGAAAUUAUAACAAUGCGGAGAGACAACUUUGCAUGACCUCCAUUCGCCAGGCCCUCAAGUCCAUACUUGAUAGAGUCAAUUCACAAGCGGACUUUCUGCCAAGACCCUCAUUCUCCAACAAAAGACGUAGGAUCUCGCUGUUCGAGUCUUCAAGCUCCUUGCCUUGAGAAAUCAAUCCAACUUCAACGAGUAUAGCAAAACGACACAUGCAACUGGUAUGGUGCUGCUGCUAGAGUUUCUCCUAUAUCUUCAUGCUGUUGCAACACAUCUCUGUAGAUGUACCUUGAUAAGAAUCUCACAAAGAUUUUUAUGGAAAGCUUGUUGCAGCAGGUUUUCAAACGCUGCAUCUGGUGAACCUCCUCCUAGAAGCUUAUUGAAACUGCUGUAUUGAUGUGAGAUCUUAUACUUCCAUGUAUGUCAGGAUGUUCUUGUAUAUAAUUAGGCAAUACAUGAAAACUUUGUUGUGAUGUUUCUA